CCCUAUGCUAUUUUUUCGGGCUCUGUUCCUCAUUCUCUAAAAGUAUUAAAAUUCUACACUCCCCUCUUCCCCCUAAUUAACAAAGAAACCUCGACGGCAAUUGCAGAUGGUCUUUCCCACGUUUAUGCGACAGAACACCGGUACGGGCGCAGCGACAGCAGCAGCACCGACAACGGCAUGGCUGGCAAAUGCAAACAGCAGCAUUAACGCGAUAAGCUCCAAGAACAUUGAUCCAGUACUCGAGUACCUGCUUUCCAAGCAAGACGAGGCAGUUUCAGGCAGCCAGAUCAUCGACACAGCCAAGGUGUUUAAGGCACUGGCUGACAUGAACCGCAGUCCAGAGACCCGGCAGAUUCUCACCAGCACGUCUUUGGCACAAGUAAGCUGCGCAAUCCUGAAGCGCACCGAGGGCGAUUUGAUUAAGAGAGGUUCUGCCGCCGAUAGCGAGCGGGCUGAGCGCGUGUUCCUGCUGGUCCAGGUGCUGCGCUGUAUCUGCAACUUGAGCGCUGACAAUAAUGCUGGGCGGGCGGAUAUUUUGAAGCACGGCGGGAUAGAGUCCUUGGCCAACGUGCUGAUGUCCGUUGACGAGAUCUGGAAGCAGCCGCUGCCUGUUGGCCAAGCAGCAUUCGGGGCUGUUCUCAAUGUGUCUUUGGACAACGAACCCUGCACCUCUGCACUGAUCGCCGCGGGCGCCCUUCAGCCGCACCUCAAGGCCCUGUCCCCGGAAUCCGCAGUAUCGUCAGACUCUUACCAGGUGUGGUCGCUUGUGAGUAUGAGUCUGGACAACAUGUGCGAGAACGCCAGUGCUGUGCCUCAGUUUGAGAAGCACGCUGAUUUCGCACAAACCAUUCUGCGGUCGCUCGCACGUCUGUCCCGCUUGCUCUUAGACAGCGGUGCUGACGAAAUGGACAGCAUGCGGCGUGCGAUGAAGGGCGCGCAGAGGACGCUUUUGUGGAUUUUAUGCGAGGCUUUGGAGAAGAGCCCGGCUCUGCCCAAGCAGCUGUGCCAGCCCGAGUCUGUGCUGGCAUUCUUUGAUAUUCUUGAGUUCUACCUUGUCAAUGGCGCAGCGGCGGCUGAGGCCUCGGACACUGACUCAGAGGAAGAAGGGUGCGAUGAGGGUUGCAGCAGUGCUGUUGCGCCGGUUUUCCCGCCAAACAAGCCUAUGCCGCAGGUUUCCAACCGGUAUGCUGAUGCGGUAACCCAGGUGAUUGUCGCUAUUUCGGGUGACGACGAUGCGCUUGCACUGCUGUUUGACAGCCAGAGUCUGAUGAACCGCCUGCUGAGCAUCCUCAGCACUGAUCGCGGCUCGGCACAGGAUACGCGCAGCCAGAGACUCGACGGCAUGGCGGCCGCUGCCUCUUUGUGCUUGGGAAACCUGGCGCGCACGGAUGAGCACUGCACGAGGUUGGUUGCUGAGCACCCAGCAUUGGUGCGCACGCUCAUUCAUGAGUGGUUUGCCCCUCGGACCACUAAUGUCCGCACCAGGCAUGCGGCCAGCGGCGUUCUGAAAAACCUGUGCUUGCCAUUGGUUAAUAAGCAGCAUAUGGUGGAUUUUGGCGUUGUUCCUGUGGCGUUUGCUAAUAUUGACACGAUGGUUAUACCGAUCCAGGCGAACUCUGUCAGCAUCCUCAGACACUUGCUUAAUGGGCCUCCGGCGGCCAGCAUAAUCCUGAAUAUGUUUGAGCCUGUGGCCAAUGGUAAGGGCGCCAUGGUGAUUGCUUUGGCUGAUCUGCUCAAGGUCGUCAAGCAGACUGAUAUCGACGCCAUUCGUUGCGAGGGCACGCGCCUGGUAUCUGCGAUUGCAAAAAAGAUUUACCUUGGCGUCAACUCUAGCGACGAGGCAGCGCGGCAGAUGCUGGGUCGGGCUCAGGAGAUACUGCAGGCCGAGUCCUACGAUCUGGUCACACCUCUGGUUAAACUGGUGAUGCUGGAUGGCCAACGCCAUCCACUUUUGCAGCAGGAGAGCCUUGUGGCAUUGACUGUUUUGGCAUCGACUUCGCGCGACAAAUCUCGCCAUGUUCGGGAUAUUGUGCGCAUGCUAUCGUCGGCCAUCUCUCUUCCUAUGGCCACGCCAGCAAAGUCGGCUGAUGAAGAGGAGGAGGAGGAAGAAGAGGAGGAGGAGGAUGUUGGAGCAAAGAAGAAGCAGCUGCCUCUGAGAUCGUUCUCUGAGAUCCUCAUGUCUAUUGUCAAGCAGGAGGGUGUUGUGUGGCCGCAGGCCAUGAUGCAGGCCAAAAGCCUGCUGAAGAGCCUGCAGUGCCAGCUCGAAGACACAAUGGCGUCUGACAGCAGCGACACUGGACUUGAUGCCGACGGCCUUUAUGUUCUCCGAACCGAGCUUCUGCCCCUUGCCAACUAAGAUUACUUUUGUCUUUUAAUAUUAAAUAUUAAAUAUUGAAUAUUGAAUAUCAGCGAGAUUAAAACAAAU